CACGAGACACACAGCCAGAGUUUGUAACCUUCUCUACUGAAAAAAUAAUGGAACUCUGGUUCAUUAUCCUCAUCUCCAUCUCCAUAGCAGCCCUCCUCAAAGCUCUCAUCAACUUCACAAACAAACCAACCAAGAACCUCCCUCCAGGCCCUUUUACCAUUCCUAUCAUCAGCAAUAUCCUAUGGCUUCGCAAAUCUCUUUUAGGCCUUGAACCAAUUCUUCGGUCUCUUUCUGCCAAAUUAGGCCCUGUAAUCACCCUCCACAUCGGCCCUAUCACUGCCAUCUUCGUCUCCGAUCGCUCCCUCAUUCACCAGGCUUUGGUCCAAAACGGACCAACUUUUGCCAACCGUCCACCUCCCGGCAUUGUUGACCGGAUUCUCAGUUGCAAUCAACACAACAUCAACUCUGCUCCCUAUGGUCCAACAUGGCGCCUCCUGCGGCGUAAUCUCACUGCAGAGAUUCUCCAUCCUUCGCGGGUGAGAGCCUACUCGCAGGCCCGCAGAUGGGUAUUGCAAAUUCUGAUAGAUCGGCUGAAAUCAAAGUCGGAACCCGGUGAGACAGUUCGCGUGGUGGAUGAGUUUCAGUACGCCAUGUUUUGCUUGCUAGUUCUCAUGUGUUUUGGGGACAAGCUAAGUGAAACUCAGAUUAAAGAAAUCGAAUCCGUCCAGCGAAACGUGCUUCUGGGUUGCAUUAGAUUCAGUGUUUUCAAUUUCUGGCAGACUGUGACAAAGAUUUUGUUGCGGAAGCGAUGGCAGGAGUUCUUUAAGGUUCAGCAAGAACAAAAAGAUGUUUUUAUUCCUCUUAUAAGAGCAAGGAAGAAUUUAAAGCAAGACAGUUUCAGUAAAUCAAUGGAGAAACAAGAAGAUUACGUGUUGUCGUAUGUCGAUACAUUGUUGGAUUUGGAACUUCCCGAAGAUAAAAGAAAGCUUGAUGAGAAGGAAAUGGUAGCCUUGUGCUCUGAAUUCUUUACUGCAGGUACCGAUACUACUUCCACUGCAUUGCAAUGGAUAAUGGCUAAUUUGGUGAAGUACCCAGAAAUUCAAGAAAAGCUAUUUAGAGAAAUCAAAGGAGUUGUUGGAGAUGGAGAGGAAUUGAUCAAAGAAGAUGACUUGCAGAGGCUGCCAUAUCUAAAAGCUGUGAUAUUGGAAAGCUUAAGGCGACACCCGCCCGGACAUUUUGUUUUGCCUCAUGCAGUUACAGAGGAUACAGUGCUGGAUACAUACUUGAUACCCAAGAAUGCAGUUAUCAAUUUCAUGGUAGCAGAGAUAGGUUGGGACCCCAAAGUGUGGGAAGAACCAAUGUCGUUCAAGCCGGAAAGGUUCAUGAGCAGUGAUGGAGGUAAAGGAGGAGAAGUGAUUGAUAUAACAGGGAGUAAAGAGAUUAAGAUGAUGCCAUUUGGGGCUGGUAGGAGGAUGUGUCCUGGUUAUGGCUUGGCUAUUCUUCAUUUGGAGUAUUUCGUGGCAAAUUUGGUAUGGAAUUUCUUAUGGGAAGCUAAGGAUGGAGAUGAUGUUGAUUUGUCAGAGAAGUUGGAAUUCACAGUGGUGAUGAAGAAUCCAUUGCAGGUCUGCAUUUCUCCCAGGUCAAGAAAUAAGUAAUUACCUAUGUUCGCAUAUCUUCUGAAUUGGAAUGAAUCCUCUUACCAGCAUUUACUGUGAAUCGUUAAUAAUUGCAUGAAUUCAUCAAAUCCCACAAAUUGUCUUUAAUCAGACAACAAUAAGUCAAUAAUAAGCACUAGGUAUC